CAGGUUCAGAGCACCGGCCGGACACUGACACGUCCUUGCUAGUCGUACUAGAAAUAGAUACGCGCCCGUCGACCAGCAGUUCACUCCGGGCCGUGAGUUAUCAACAAUUCAACGUUGUCAUACUCUUGGGGAGCAAGAAGAAGCUCAUUCGUGGUCGUGGGGACCAAGAACAAGAAGUCGAAGGUUGGCGUGAAUGGCUACUAUAAGAAGCGCCGCAGCGACGAUCGCUCGGCCAUCGUGGGCAGCGGUUGCGGGGACAAGGAGGAUGGAGGGCAUCGGUGGUAGACGCUACUUCGGCGACAGCGUCCGCACCGGCAGGGUGCUCAGCGAGGAGGAGCGAGCCGCCGAGAACGUCUACAUACAGAAGAUGGAGAGGGAGAAGCUGGAAAAGCAGAGGAGGAUGGCGGACCAGCGAAAGGCCGACGCGGCAAAGAAGGCGGCUGCCGCCGAAGGGGACAAGAAGGGUGAGGGAGCUCAUCCAACCUGAUUAAUCAGAUCAGAUUCUCCGCUGGCUGAGACGCUGAGUUGCUGUUACAUGCAUUUGCACAAGUAUGGCUUUUACAACUGUAGUAUUUCCUCUCUUUUAGUACAAGUUCUGUCCGUGGUGUGCACCGCUACCCACGAGUACAGUACAUGUUUUGGUGCCGAAGCUUCUCGAUCUUCCAGUUGUAAAUCAUUGUAGUAGUAAAAAUAGCAGAGGGAGUGUGGUGAUCAUAGUAUAACUUGUGUUGUACUGAAAAGGCAGAAAAUCUCGUUGUUUCAAAUCUGCGUCACAGGCAUAUAUGUAUUGUGUUCCUUCUGUUCGGAAAAAAAAAUCUCUCCUGUUAAUACGUAGUAAUGGUAGUAGUAUAUUCAAUUAUUCA